CGUGCCUAUAUAAGGAUUAGCAUGGCGACAUUUGGACGGAUUUGGUCAAUUCUCGCACACCAUGCUGUUGAAGAUUUUUAUACAGAGAAAAUACCAUUUGUGGAAACAGCGCGACAAACACUUUGUUGUAUCCUGUAAAAGAAUUCCAUAGCAUCAUCUUCACUUGAUACUGUUACCAACCAUUGGCCAAAUCCCGACUUUCGGAACUUUUCGUUUCAAUACUGAGUUCGUCUUAUGGUAACGUACAGUAACAUCUUCAUGUAAAGUGUGUGUGUCCAGUCACCAUAAGUGCCUUAUUAACCAUCAGUAGAUCAACAAUUAAACAACCGAUAUCAUCAUGCCAAGAGGAUUUCUUGUUAAACGAACAAAACAUUCUAACGCUAUCUCGUAUAGGCAGCGUCGGAACUCAGAAGAAGAUACAGAGCGUUAUGAAAGUGGCUCAGAUCAUGAAGCUCCCAUCAUCACGAAAUUUGGGUCCCCUGAUUCCGGGUACUCUGUGAGCCCAGUCAACCUCAUCAUCCGGGAAAACCUGAAACAUGAUCAGGUUCAGGUCGACAUCAAAGACGAGGAAAACAACAACAACAUAAAUGACAAGGAUUUUGUGAGUUUUUCGCCGGCGUCGUCACCACUAACUGUAAGUACCACCGGCUCAUCUUACCCAUCGCCAUUCUAUUACGCCACAUUUGACAAACUGAGUGUGUCAAAUUUUUCACCUAAUAAUCAAAAUUGGAACUUGAACGUUAAUCAAAAGGAGUCUCAAGUCACAUCUCCGUCUCAACAGAAUAGUCCUAACAAACGCAGGGGUAAUAAUGAUAACGAUAACAAGUCAAAAGUUCCCAAGAAAUCUAAAGCUGUGAGGAAGAUCAACUUUGACGAGGACAAGUCGUCCCCCGUCUCUGGCUGUAUCAUCAAGGAUAUAUCUGAUGGGGAAGAGGAUGGGAAAGUCGUGUAUGGGGACAUCGACAGCAGCUUCAACUACGUGGAGGCCACCCCGGAGGCACGUGCAGAAUUGGACAAAAUCGUAAACAAAAUUGGUGACUAUGUUUGUCAGCUUUGUAAAGAGUUUUUCUCUGAUGCUUUUAAGCUUGCACAACAUAGGUGUUCGCGAAUCGUACACGUGGAAUACAGGUGUCCGGAAUGUGACAAGGUGUUUAGCUGUCCUGCCAAUCUAGCAUCCCAUCGCCGUUGGCACAAACCCAGGCCCGUCAACAACAACAAACCCAACUACCAACCACCGAUACUUCCAGCCAAACCAGACUUAAGUAACAUUAACGAUAACAGUGACAAUAACAACAUAUCUCAAAAUGUUGAAAACGGUAACGUGUUGUCAAUGACAGUUGGUGACCUGCGCGCUUCGCCCUCUAUUGACGGACAGUACGAGUGCGAAACGUGUGGAAAGAAGUUCCGUCGCCAGGCCUACCUACGGAAACACGUGCUCAACCACGCCAACGACCGACAGACAAACUGUAAGUUCUGCCACAAAAUAUUUCCAAACGAUGCGCUCAAAACCAAACAUGAACUUUUGCAUUUGAAUAACAAUAACAACAAAGAACUGUGUUGCAAUGUAUGUAAGAUGUUUUUCCCAAAUAAGGUAAUGUUGGAAAAACAUGCACGCACACACACGUGCGAAGUGUUUAAUUGUAAAUAUUGCUCUAGCACCUUUUACAGUUCUCCAGGAUUGACACGUCACAUUAACAAAUGUCAUCCCUCCGAGAACAGGCAAGUCAUCCUACUUCAGUUUCCACCUUCAGUAAAUCGUCCAAACUAAUGUAUCUGUUUAGGGGUGAGCCGCAUCUAGUAUGUGUGAAUCCCCGGGCUCAACCCGCGUGCCUUUGACCACUGUAUGUUAUACACUAAUGCCUUGUCUCUGGUAAUGUACCCGGAUGUUAUACAGUAUGUAGACUGGUGCCUUAUGCUUUGUUAAAAUAAUAAGUCGUUUUAGAGAAUUCAAAUU